AUGUCUCCCAACUGCUCUUUGAUCCUUUUCUCGACGAGUGCAAGUUUAAUUUUUGACCUUCAACCCGUCUAUCUUUUCUUCAAUUUCUUCUCAUUUUUUCUUCUUCGUUUACUCUCCUCUCUCUCUCUCUCUCUCUCUCUAAGUUUCUUUCACUGUCUUGCUUUCUGUUUCUUUUCACUCGCUUUCUCUUUUUAUGUUACCCGUUUCUUUUAUUUUUCUGAAUUUUUCUUUUACUUUCUUCUCAAAUUUGUGUUUUUCGUUGUAUAUGUCUUUCUUUUUCUCUUCGCUUUUUCCCACUUUGCUACAUUUCUCUCUCUCUCUCUUUCUCUCUCUCUUUCUCUCUCUUUCACACACACACACACACACACAAACGUUUGUUUUCUAUCGCUCGCUUUAUUUUUUUUCCAUUUUUUUUCUGAAAAAAAAAAUGCUCUUUCCCUUUUUGUCAACCCUUUUUCGUUUCAUAUUUUCUCAUUUUCUACCUUUCCUCACUUUCGUCUACAUACCUUGCCUCUUUUCCUUUCACUCGCUUUUCUUUUUGUUCUUUCAUACCUUUUUUCUUACCUUCUGCCUGUCUUCACUUUCGUCUCCAUACUUUGCCUCUUUCCUUUCAUUCGCUUUUAUUUUGUUUUUUUGUACGUUUUUACUCAUUUCUACCAUUCCUCACUUUCGUCGACAUAUGUUGACUUUUUUCCUUUCAGUCGCUUUUCUUUUUGUUUUAUCCUUUUUUCGAAUAUUCUACCUUUCCUUACUUUCGUCUCCAUACCUUACCUCUUUUCCUUUCAUUCGCUUUUAUUUUUGUUUUUAGUACCUUUUUCUCAUUUCUACCAUUCCUCACUUUCGUCAACAUAUGUUGCCUCUUUUCCUUUCACUCGCUUUUAUUUUUGUUUUAUCGUAUCUUUUUUCUCACUUUCUACCUUUACUUACUUCCGUCUCCAUACUUUGCCUCUUUUCCUUUCACUCGCUUUUCUUUUUUUUUUUCGUCGGUUUUUACUCAUUUCUACCAUUCCUCACUUUCGUCGCCAUACCCUUUUUUCGAACAUUCCACCUUUCCUUACUUUCGUCUCCAUAACUUGCCUCUUUUAUUUUCAUUCGCUUUUAUUUUUGUUUUUCGUCGGUUUUUACUCUUUUUUUUUUUUUUUUUACCUUUCCUCUUUUUAUUUUCGUCGUGCCUUUUUUCUCACUUUCUACCUUUUCUUUUUUUUUUCCUUGCCUGUUUUCUUUCACUCGCUUUUAUUUUUGUUUUAUCGUAGCCUUUUUUGUUUUGUUUUUUUUUACCUUUUUUCUCACUUUCUACCUUUUCUCACUUUCGUCGCCAUUCCUUGCCUGUUUUCUUUGCACUCGCUUUUAUUUUUGUUUCAUCGUAGCUUUUUUCUUUUGUUUUGUUUUUUUUUGUACCUUUUUUCUCACUUUCUACCUUUCCUCACUUUCGUCUCCAUACCUUGCCUCUUUUCCAUUCCUCGCUUUUUUUUGUUUUUUGCUUUUUUUCUAGUACCAUUUUUUUUCUCACUUUUCUUUUACUUUUUUUACCUUUCUUCUUAUUUUCCUUUUAUUUUUUUUUUCUUUCACUCCUUUUCUUCUCUUUUUUGUACCUUUCCUCACUUUAGUCGCCAUACCUUGCCUCUUUUCUUUCACUCGCUUUACUUUUUGUUUUAUCGUAGCUUUUUCGCUUUUCCAUUAUACCUUUCCUUUUGUUUUUUAAUUUUUUUCUCCCUUUCUAGUUUUUUUGUCUCCAUACUUUUUCCUUUCGUUUCCUUUUCACUCUUUUUUUUUUUCAUUUUUUCGUACCUUUUUCUCUUUUCUUUUUUUCUACCUUUUCCUCACUUUCGUCGCCAUCAUUUUUGCCUCUUCCUUUCUUUUUCCUUUCCUCCUUUUGUUUUUUCGUACCUUUUUUCUCACUUUCUACCUUUCCUCACUUUCGUCGCCAUACCUUAUCUCUUUUCCAUUCACUCGCUUUUCCUUUUGUUUUUCCGUAAUUUUUUUUCUCCCUUUCUAGUUUUCCUCAUUUUUGUCUCCAUACCUUUUUUCUCCUUUCUUUUCCUUUCCUCCUCGCUUUUCAUUUUGUUUUUCGUACCUUUUUUUCUCACUUUCUUCCUUUCCUCAUUUUUGUCUCCAUACCUUGCCUCUUUUUCUUUCACUCGCUUUUCUUUUUGUUUUUUCGUACCUUUUUUCUCACUUUCUUCCUUUCCUCAUUUUUUUCCGUACCUUCUCUUUUACCUUUUGCUUUUCUUUUUUCCUUUUUUCACUUUCUCCUUUUCAUUUUUUUUUUUUUUUCCUUUCCUCCUUUUCAUUUUGUUUUUUUCUCACUUUCUUCCUUUCCUCAUUUUUGUCUCCGUACCUUGCCUCUUUUCCUUUCACUCGCUUUUCAUUUUGUUUUUUCGUACCUUUUUUCUCACUUUCUUCCUUUCCUCAUUUUUGUCUCCGUACCUUGCCUCUUUUCCUUUCACUCGCUUUUCAUUUUGUUUUUUCGUACCUUUUUUCUCACUUUCUUCCUUUCCUCAUUUUUUUGUCUCCGUACCUUGCCUCUUUUCCUUUCACUUUGCUUUUCAUUUUGUUUUUUCGUACCUUUUUUCUCACUUUCUUCCUUUCCUCAUUUUUGUCUCCGUACCUUGCCUCUUUUCCUUUUCACUCCUUUUCAUUUUGUUUUUUUUCAUUUUUUUCGCACCAUUUUGUUUUUUCUCACUUUCUUCCUUUCCUCAUUUUUGUCUCCGUACCUUGCCUCUUUUCCUUUCACUCGCUUUUCAUUUUGUUUUUUCGUACCUUUUUUCUCACUUUCUUCCUUUCCUCAUUUUUGUCUCCGUACCUUGCCUAUCUUUCUCUUAUUUGCUUUUCUUUUUUUUUUCGAUGGAGAGAAGAAUACAUAUAUUAUUAUAA